GUGGUGGAAGUGCAGGAGCUCAGUCUGUAGGUUUCCUAAUAAUGUCACCUUUGGCCAAGGGCCUGUUUAAGAGAGCCAUCUCCCAGAGUGGGACUGUCACAUACCCCAAAGACGCUUACACUUACCAGGAGAUAACAAGAAUCAUUGAUAGAAAAUUGAAAAAAUUAGGAUUUAAAGGUACAUCUAGCCAAGACAAGCUUGAUUUUCUUAGUAGGAUGACAGCCUCUGAAAUCUUGACGAAAAUACCUUUGCUCUAUGGACCACCAGUAAUAGAUGGCGUGUUCCUCCCUGACUACCCUUAUAAUCUCUACAAACAAGGCAAAUACAAUAAAGUGGACUACCUUUUAGGGUUUAACAGCCAUGAGGGGCUUCUAGCUUCACAUAUGAUCUUUAAUCAGAUAGAAUCAACCAUUCACCUCAACAAUGUUAGCGCAUUUAGAGGAUUACUUAGACGCAUAGUGGGGCAUAAUUUCCGAUACAAUCAUGACACUAUUACUGAUGCCAUCAUGGACGAAUAUACAGCAGAUCAUGAUAUCACUAAUGUUCAAAGAACAGAACAACUAAUGUGUGAUAUAUAUGGAGAUAUGGUGAUAAUAGCACCCACGGUGGAGCUUCUUACAUGUACAAAUUUGAUCACAGGCCUAGUUAUUCCAAGGCACCAGAAUGGGCAACAGCAGACCAUACAGAUGAGCUUAUGCUUGUAUUUGGUAAGCCUCACCAAACUGACCUCACCCACUACUUCACUGAAGAAGAGGCAGAGAUAAGCCGCAUGCUCAUGUCAUAUUGGAGCAGCUUUGCAAAAACAGGGGAUCCCAACACACUAGGAUUUCCUUCAUGGCCACAAUUUAAUGAGAAAUACGGGGAAUACUUGGCAAUCAGUGGAAAACCAACAACUCACUCUAAUUACUGUCAAAGUAGAAUGCAAUUUUGGACUGAAACAGUAAGAAAAUUAGACCAGCGCAUGGCCUCACAUCUGUAGAAAAUUAAAUUCUUAGGAAACUAUUGAAUUAAAUUCAGUAGUACUAUACAGUACA